AUGUUCCAGGGCAAAGAUCCUACCAACGAAGGUACCCAUGAUCCUUCAAAGGAUGAACCUUCCAAGGACCCUACGAACACGAACAAACCAGCACCACAGAGGCGACCACGUUACGGGUAUACCAACCUGGCCCGAGAAGACCCAAACAGGGAUAAGAGAUACGAAGGCAAAGAAGGCUUGAAGAUUCGGGUCAAUGCGGAUUUGGCCUUGGAUUUAGAUAUCAAAUUGAAGGGGGAGAUCUAUGGUGACUUGAUAAUUGGGCUCAUCACCAGUGAAGAUUGA